GCCUGCAAGGACAACGCUGUCCAUUUGUGCUGAACUGCCUGACCAUCUGUCUGGAGGCAUGGCAGCCCCUGGCCCUUCCCCAGCCCUCCCCAGCCUCACUUGCUCAGGGGCCUGACCUGCCUUCUCCUCUCCAUCUUUGCCCUCAGCCUUUCUCCUCUCCUGACCACAUGAAUUUUUUGAAACCACCUGGCUGGGCUGUACUCCAUGGAGACGCCCAGGACUCCUGGGCCUGUGGCCUCACAAAACAUUGUUUCUUUCUGUAGGAACCCCUGAGGGAAGUGAGGGAGCUGCUCCAUGCACUGACAGCCCACUGCACUGCUGCAGCCCAGGGAAGGCACUUCUGCCAUGUCACAGCAGAGAAAAAUGAGAUCGGCCCUUCACUGCAAGGCAAACACGCUCCUCUGUCCCUGAGAGCUCUCUGGUGUCAUGGGCUGCCCUUGACCCACCCACAGAGAGCCUGGGGAGUGCUGGUGGUGGCAAGAGGAUCAUCCUGGAUUAGAUGGGAAAUCACUCCUAUGAGCGAGCACCCGUAUGCUGGGCAGACCCCUGGGAGCACCUAGUCAGCCCCAGGGCACCAGGACAAGGAGAACACCUACAUUUGGAUCUUCAUCAGCAGCAUGUGAAGGAGAACAACUACCGGGGCCACGGGGACAGUGUGGAUCAGCUCUGCUGGCACCCCAGCAACCCUGACCUCUUCGUCACAGCGUCCGGGGACAAAACUAUCCGCAUCUGGGACGUCCGCACCACGAAGUGUAUCGCCACUGUCAACACCAAAGGUGAGAACAUCAACAUCUGCUGGAGCCCUGAUGGACAGACCAUCGCCGUGGGGAACAAGGAUGACGUGGUCACCUUCAUUGACGCCAAGACACAUCGCUCCAAAGCUGAGGAACAGUUCAAGUUUGAGGUGAAUGAGAUCUCCUGGAACAACGACAACAACAUGUUCUUCCUCACCAAUGGGAACGGCUGCAUCAACAUCCUCAGCUACCCAGAGCUGAAGCCCAUCCAGUCCAUCAAUGCCCAUCCUUCCAACUGCAUCUGCAUCAAGUUUGAUCCUAUGGGGAAGUAUUUUGCCACGGGCAGCGCUGAUGCCUUAGUCAGCCUUUGGGAUGUGGAUGAGCUGGUAUGUGUGAGGUGCUUCUCCAGGCUCGACUGGCCUGUGCGGACACUGAGCUUCAGUCAUGAUGGGAAGAUGCUGGCGUCGGCAUCAGAAGAUCACUUCAUUGACAUUGCUGAAGUGGAGACAGGAGAGAAGCUCUGGGAGGUGCAGUGUGAGUCCCCUACCUUCACAGUGGCCUGGCACCCGAAGAGGCCACUGCUGGCCUUCGCCUGUGACGAUAAAGAUGGCAAAUAUGACAGCAGCCGGGAGGCUGGCACCGUCAAGCUCUUUGGGCUCCCCAAUGACUCCUGAUGAAGCUGCACCUGGGGAUGCAACACCUGCCUGCUCUUGGGACUGGGAGCUUAAUGUAGGUGGGGCAAGGAGUUGGCUCCCCUCCUUGGCAGCCUGGCAGGGCUGUGACCUCGGGCUCAGUUUGGUGCAUCCUGCUCUUGGGAGCAUUUGUAAAUAGGGAGCUGUGGGCUGGGGAUGAUGGGGGUGCUGGCAGGGCCCCCCAUCUGCCACCUUCUCUCUGGGGAAUGGGGAGCUUGUUCCAAAGGCAAGUGGCCAAAGAAAGUCGGUCACUGAAGGUGGCUGCUGAGGGGCCUUCCAUGAGAGGAGCUCCACUCUGACCAGUCUCCCCAGCAGGGAUAAGCUAUGUGACUGUCCCCUUGUCCCAACAGCCUGGUGGCGAGGGCAGCCCUGGGAGCACAGCCUGCCCCUUUUCUUCCCGGACAUCCCAUGCCCCUUUCCUGUGCUGAGGCAGUGAGGGGAGGGUGAAGGGAUGUGAGUUGGGAGACGAUUCCCCAGCUGGGGCUGAGUUUUUUUAAUACUUGCUUUUUCUAAUUUUGAUAAAUCCUCUUCCUUAACAAA